ACAACUUUUAUUCGACAAAACGUUUAUUUGAUAAUAACCUUGUAGAGAAUUCACAAACGAGUUGAUUUAUAAUCGCCCAGAAUAAUUGGUUGUCUGUACAAUUAUUCGGUUUUUUGAUUGUUAUUCGUCCAUCACUAGCUUAAUGGAUUCGGAGUUCAGUAAUUACGUAUUAGUUAUUCAAAAUACAGAUUACAUAUAGGACGUAAAUAAGUGUUAUUUUUUUUAACAGCCAUUUAGGUAAAAACGAAAUAUUUAAAUCUCAAUGUUUCAAAAGUGGAUAGUGAAUUGUGCAGUUUAUUUGAAUAAGUAACUUUGUAAGACAAUCAUGUCCGCAGAACUCUCCAACUCAUAUUUACUAUCAGAAGAACAGCGUCGGUUUUAUAUGGACAAUGGAUACUUGGUUAUAAAAGGAUUUCUUGACUUUGCAACACUAUAUAAUUAUAAACAGAGGUUCCUUCAAAUCUGCAAAGGGAUAGUGGAUAGCGGCAAUAUUAUUGUUGUGAAGGAAACCUCCCUUAAAUCGAAAGGAGUGACAGGAGAGAACUUAAUUAAUAAGCUCCAAGACAUCCAUUACGAUGACGUGUUCAUGACGUAUACGGAACACCCUCGGCUGCUCGACGUGGUGGCGCAGUUCAUCGGCCCCGACAUACGGGUAAUGAACAGCAUGUUCAUCAACAAACCUUCAGGCAGCACGAGGCAUCCUCCGCACCAGGAUAUGUUCUAUUUUCCAUUUGGUCCCGCCGAAAAAAUAAUCGCCUCUUGGACCGCGAUAGAUGACGUCAACGUUGAGAAUGGCUGCCUCUACGUGUUACCGCAGACACACAAACGAAACAUUGUCUACCCGCACGAUAACAUCGCCGCCGCUAAUAAUAUGUACCACGGCAUCAUUGACCCGGCCGCGACCAGCCACCCUGCCCCCGUGCAGCUGGAAAUGAGUCCCGGGGACACCGUGUUCUUCCACCCCCUCCUCGUGCACGGGUCCGGAGCCAAUACAAGUGGACGACACCGGAAGUGCAUCUCCGCGCACUACGCCAGCGCGUCGUGCGCGUUCGGCCGCACCAAGCUGCAGCUCAAGCUGGCGCGCGAGAUCGAGGACGCCGCCUACAAGGUCGCCGGCCUGCGGCUCAGCUUCGAGGAAACGUGGAAAUUAAAAAGUAAAGAGGUGACGGUGCAGACUAAGUCUAAGCUUUAACAAAGACAUAACAACUUAUCAAAAUCAACCCUUCCAUGCAAGCGACUCUGAAGUCAGAGGACCAAUUCUACUAAUCUACAUCAAUUACGAUGCGUUUCCGAUUCAAUUCCAAUACAACUUUGAUUAUUUUAUAAUUGUUCGAAUCGGAAACGAACCGAUAUUAUGUGCAACAUACACCGUUACGUAAAAACCAAAAUUGAUUGUUAAAAAUGCUAAUAAUCGAUAAUUAAAUUAAAGAAUUAGAAAAUGGAUAAAUGGUAACAAUAACGAUUCGAUUGCGAUAGCGACAAUCGAUGCUCUUUCAGUGCGGAGAGCGUAUUAUUAUGUUUCAUAAAAUAUAUAGACAACAUUCGCGUUGCCAAUGAACUCCAUUUUUUUUAAUUGAAUUAAAUUCGUCCUAUAUACAAGUAGGUGUAAUCCCUAUUUAUAUCGUUUAUAACUAAUUUAUAUUGAAGUAUAUUAUAUAUUUAACAUCUAUAAAUGAACGCAAUUUAUAAAAACAUCGAAUUAGCUUUUACAAAAAUCAUAUAAACUUAUGUAAAUAACUCAUUCAAUUACAAUUACGUUUUACGUAUUUUUAUAAGUUGAAUAAAUUGACAAAUUUAUACAUUUUUUGGCAAAUGGUAACCUGAUGGUAAAUAUGAAACAUUCCUUACCAAUGCGCCACUGACCUUGGGAACUAAGAUAUGACCCUUGUGCCUGUAGUACACUGGCUCACUGUCCCCUCAAACCGGAACAAAAUACUAUUUCAGUUUGGAGUUUUUGUUGAGAAGUAUGAAUCGAUUACCAACAAAGCUCUAUUUAGGUUUAAGAAAUCAUAUAUAAAAACAAUACAUAAUACUUUUAAAUGCCUCGAUGGUAUCCUAUCCCGAGUCCCAGGUUCAAUACCCAGGUUUUUGAAAACUGCAGCUUCGUACUCACCUAUAUACACAUGAUCACUUCGCAAGUAAGUGAGGGAAUAGAAACUACACUUCUGUCUCCUACACAAACGGUGGGGGGAUAAUAUAUACUAAGAAAAGAGGACAGGCCUCUUUCAUUUAAAAUUUUAUUUUUAAGCUAACAUAAUUUAAAUUAAAUAUACUUUUGUAUAAAUGAAGGCGAAAUUACUAAUGAAAUUAAAUUAGAAUAUUGGUGUUGGAUAAAGCAAUGGUGGAAUGUGAUACAGAUAUUAUUUUUUAUAUUAUAUACAUUUGUUAUAUAUGU